GUUACACGCGCAAUCAGCCUCGGAGGAGGCGGGGAUGGAGGCGGGGAGCGGCGGUAGUUUUAGCCGAUGGCAGUGGCUGAUGCCCGGCGGCGGAUGCCAGCGGCAGCCGGGCGAUGGCGAGGAGCCGGGCGGCUUACGAGUACACGGAGGCGGAGGACAAGAGCAUGCGGCUGGGUUUCCUCCUCAUCGCCGCCGGCUUGCUUUCCCUCUUGGGUUUGGGUUGUUGCUGGCUUCGCCCGGCGCUGCAGGAGCGGGGCGGCGGCGGCUCCGCCAACUGCACGGUGCUGGCGGUGCGGCAGCUGGGGGAGCGCUUCGCCUGCACCUUCUCCUGCGGGGCCGCCUGCCGCGGCACCGCCCGCUACCCCUGCCUCCAGGUGCUGGUCCGCACCUCCCGCUCCUCCGCACCCGCCCUGCUCCAUGAGGACGAGCGGCAGCUGCGCACCAACCCCAAGUGCUCAUACAUCCCUCCCUGUGCAAGAGAUGAUCAGGAGAACUCUGAGAACGUCACGUACAAGCAGAAGUACUGGAAAGAGAAAGUGGGUUCUCAACCAUUUACGUGCUAUUUUAACCAGCACUUGAGGCCAGAUGAUGUGAUGCUGAAGCGCACCCAUGAUGAGACUGUUCUCUUGCACUGCUUCCUCUGGCCCGUGGUGACUUUCCUGGUUGGAGUCCUCAUCGUGGUCCUGACCAUCUGUGCCAAGAGCUUGGCUAUCAGGGCAGAGGCAAUAAAAAAGAAGAAGCAUUUGUGAGUGGCAAGGCUGCUUGUGGAAAAGAAAAACCUGCAAGAAGAUCUCAGGCAGGUCAACCUGACACACCUGCAGGUCUGUGGGGCACCCAGCUGCAUCUCCUUCCAGGGUCUUAUCUGUGGUGGAGUAGCUCUUGUCUCAGGACUGUUCUUGGGGUGACUGCCCCAUGAAAUGCCUGCUAAUUGCUUCUUCUGCUAUGGCACUAAAUAAGUAUAUUCUACCAAAAAAAAAAAAAAAAAUCUA